AUGGACGUGCGAAAACGGAUUCCUACAGAAAAGGGUAAGCAAUUUGAGACUCAAAAGAUGAAGGAAAAUCGGAAAACUGCACUUGCUAAUUUAACGAGGCAGAUGAACUUAAUCUCACCUUUGUUAACGGAUUUUGAGAACGAAAAACAAGUGCGUACGGAAGUUGUUCAUUUAGAUCAGCUGUUUGUUGAAGUGCCAGAAGCACAUGACGCAUAUCUCAAGGCCUCAGAUGAUGAUGAUGAAAUUAAA